AAGGCAUUGAUAUACAUGGUUAAUGUAUAUUAAAAAAAUACUGUGCCCAUUUUUGUCUGAUCUGUGCCACCUUAUUACUGAGCAAAAGUCAAAACCCAUUAGACAAUAAUGUCUUCUCCACCUCAAAUUAAUUUAAACAUCCAACGACAAUAUAAUCAGGGAUUUAGCCAAAGAAAAUAUAUUAUGAAAAAACAUUGCAAUGUUCCAAUGAAGAAGGAACUGAGUGUAUAUAAAACACUUUGAUUGAAAAAAAAAGAUAAAUGAGAAAUGAAAACGAAAGAAUUCUGUUAUCUGUAUUUUUAGAUAAAUUAUGUAAUUUUUAAAUGGGUGUUUAGUAUUUGUUUGCCUAUUUUUUUUUUUACAAAUUUAUUGUAGGUUAGUAUUGUUAUUGUAAUAUUUUGUUAUUUUCUUACAUAGCUAAGUAAGUAUUAAUAACCACUUUAUCUGUGGUUGAUAACUAUUAAAAUGAGUACAGAUCCCCCUGUACCACCACCACUUCCAGCUGAUAAUGCCAUCACUCCUCUUAAAUUAUACCAAACACAAAAUUCACCGAAUGAUUCUAUUUGCCAAUGGACUACUGAGCUGGAGUUACGAGAAGUUUGUGCAAAAAAUAACAUUUGCCUUUACAAAGCUCCUCAUCAGUUCAAAUAUAAAAACUUUAAAGCUAUUACACAAGUAGGGCCGACUUGUGGCUUAGUAGCAUUAUCUAUGCUUUUAAAUGGAGAGGUUGGCCCUAAUGAGUUGCUGAAUAUAGUAAUAGCUGAAGGUUACAGCAAUAAUGGUGAGAUGUUUAGUUGUCAGAAUAUGGCACAACUUGUUGAAAAAGUAUUCAAUCUGGCUAAAAUAAAUAAUGCAAGUUUCCAAUUAAGACAUGGACUUUAUAGCAAAGAAAUAAUACUUGAAUUGUUGAAUGGUGCUACUUUGUUAGUUGCAUAUGAUGCAGAUUGCAAUCACUCACCCUGCCUCCGACAUGGACACACUGCACAUUGGGCAAUAGUGUGUGGGAUUAUAAUAAUUGAUGACCCUAAUGGAAAUUAUUUGUCUGAUCCUAACAAUAUUUACAUAUUUUGUAGGCAUGGGCAGUCAAAAUAUCUUGCCAUGUGGCGUUUAGCUGAUUUAGAUAGUAGUAAUAAAAAUUUAAAUGAGUUUAAUCCCAAGAAAAAAGAAGAUGGUUUGUUAUAUAUUUUACCCGAAGGUGGCAUGGGUGGAAAAAAUGGCUUAAAAGGCCAGUUUAUUAUGGUUAAAGGUCUUUGACAAUGUUGAUAUUUAUUAAAUAAGUUUAAAAUUGUUUUUAUACUUAAUUUUUACAACUUUAAAAAUGUCAAUGUUUUUAUGAAAUGUUAUAACUGAUGAAUUAAAUUU